CACCAUUUAUCCAGACAGCAGCAGCAGGCAGCAGCAGCCAUCAGCUCCCAAAACUCCACUUCAUCCCUCGCGCACGCAGCCACUUGAUUACCCCUUGCUCGGAGGAGAGAGAGAGACCUGUCACAUCCGAGAUCAUUCCCGACGUGUCAAAAGAAGAAAAACCCAAAUAUCGACCCACCAUAUUCCAGCAAAUCGUCUAAGGAUAUAUUUUCCAUGCCGAAUGCGCGUUAAAGUGCGCGCUCACAUCAGGCUGCCUUAUUGCCAUAGCAGCAGCGCGAGCUGCCUGUAGCUGGCACGGGAGCUUCAAGCUAGCGACGAAACAAACAAAGACAACACUGACGAAUAUAAACGUCUGCCGGCCAAACCGCUUCACUGUUCUUUAAGGAGGAGAAAGCAAGACCCCGAAGACCAAAACUGACAUGAUGUUUCCACAAUCCAGGCACUCGGCUUCAUCGCAGCAGCUGAAGUUUACGACGUCAGACUCGUGCGAUCGCAUCAAGGAUGAGUUUCAGUUCCUUCAAGCACAAUACCACAGUCUGAAGCUCGAAUGCGACAAGCUGGCCAGCGAGAAGUCAGAAAUGCAACGUCAUUACAUCAUGUACUACGAGAUGUCCUAUGGGCUGAACAUUGAAAUGCACAAGCAGGCGGAGAUUGUGAAGAGAUUAAAUGGGAUCUGCGCUCAGGUCUUGCCUUACCUGUCUCAAGAGCACCAGCAGCAGGUUUUGGGUGCCAUAGAGAGAGCCAAACAGGUCACCCCACCAGAAAUGAACUCCAUCAUACGGCAGCAGCUUCAGGCUCACCAGCUCUCCCAGUUGCAGGGUCUGGCGCUGCCCAUGACCCCUCUCCCCCUCGGCCUCAGCCAACCCGCCGGUCUCCCGGCCGUCACCUCCAGCUCCGGCCUCUUCUCGCUCUCCAGCAUCCUCGCCUCUCAGGCCCAGCUAGCCAAGGAGGACAAGAGCACGCGCGAGACCUCCGACAGCCACCGUGAGGAAGACGGAGACAAGUCUGACUAGACGCCCGCCGCAUCCGUUCUUUAGUCCAAUCAUCACCCAAAGCUCGACGUAGAGCAGAGGCACUUGUUUUCUUUCCUUAUGUUUUCUCACGAUCCCUAUAUCUUCCUGUCUUUUCUCUUGCUACUUGUUCCAGCAGCUUUAUGUAUGUAUUUAUACCAAUUCACAUUUUUUUGUUGGUUACGGAUGCUUGAUUUGAUAUUAGUUACACUAUUUCUUGCCUGCGUGUGUGUAUAUAUCUAUAUAUAUAUAUAUUGUAUAUUUCUUAUGCUCGUGGUGGAAACGGUCUACAAAAUGGUGUUAAACCUGUUAAUGGACCAUCGACCCUUCAGUAAUAAUGGUGUUAAACUCGCACCCUUUUUGUUUUUUCCAUGCUUACUCUCUCCCUCUUAAAAUCUUUCACCUUUUAAAGCUACAAUUCACAAUAACACGUCGGAAGCACUUUGGCCCCCCGGCUGAAAAUCUGAGGCUAAAAGCAACUGGAAAUUUGAAAACGUGACUGCGGCGUAAUCCAUUUAGAGUGGGAUCGCCGAUAGCGUCCGAAUGCAUGUCUGCGGUUACGUUGCCGAGAUUGCAUUAAUCACGCAUUAAACUGCAAUGUGGGGGCUUGAAACGUUAUGAAUGCUGUUGAAAGGAAGCUUGCUAACGCCCUUUGACGUACUGUAUAUCUACCCGUUUGCCUGUUUUCUGACGUGUUUGGAAGUGUUGGACUCUUGUGCUGUCUUAGACAGAUAGUGUCAGAUGAAUCCUUUGAGAUGCUAGCUAACCUGCUCACAAAGUGAAUAGGAAUGCUAUUGGAAAUAUGUUUUCGUUUGGUCGUUUUUUUCCCGAUUAGUAUUGUCGACUGUCUACAUGGGGAAAAGUGUAGUCAUGUCGUUUCCUUAGAGGUAAGAAAGUGUAUUGCAAACAAAUUUGCAGUAUGUAUUCGCUAAAUAAGAAGCACCUUUUUAGACAUUUUGUUUUUAUAUAUAGCAAGUGUGUGAAGACUGAGGGUUGAGUAUCAAGCCGAAUAUAACGCUCAUAGCACAUUGCAUUACCUUAAGUGGACUUAAGGUAAAUAUCUUACCGUUUAGGUCAAGGCUGUCAAUAAGCAAAUGUCGCCCUGUCUGUGAAACCCAAGCUAAAGUACAAUUCAAGUAUAGGAGCAUCAAAGUUUGACCGUACUCAGUCAAUAUUAAAGAUAUCAAGGUUAUAUUUUGCAUUAUGUAUGAUGAUUUUAUGUUAAAAAAAAAAAUCAGCUUGGUUCACAGACAUUUGAAUAUUCAUUUUCUCAGCAUGAAGUUAUGGCAUCUUUUGUAAUAAUACAUUGUACCAAGAGGGGGCAGUAAGCCCACAGCAAGUCCACACUAAAACCCUCAGGGUAGCUUUAGUUUGGAGUAUUGUCCUGUGCCAUUUUGGGUAUCCUGUGUUGAUCAUUGCAUACUUAUUUCAUAAAAUGCCCUUCUUGUGGCCCUGUCCAGUUUUUAGUAAGUUAAUGAAUGAUGUGUAUUCAGUUCCACAGAGGUUUGCUUAAUAACAAGAAGAGGUUAUAAGAAGGAUUCGCACUUGUCUUAUUGAAACACUUAACAUGUGGCUAUGGCAGUAUUCUUGAAAUAUUUCAUAUUUUAAGCCAAAUAAAGUCACCAUAUUUCUUUCCCAACUUAUAAUUUUGGUUUUUCCAUGUUGGUCUCGGAUUCUAGUUCUAAUAACUCGGGUCACACUUGUAGAUGUUCUUGUCUAGACAAAACCCAUUUGUGACACCCAUUUAUUUUUGAAAGAUUUACUUAAGAGUGGUCUUAUAAACAAUUUUAAAAUAAUUUCGAUGAAAUCCAAACGUUCAUCUUGGUUUGCAUGUUGUUUGCCUUUAGCUUGGUUUGAGCUUAACCCUUAACAGACUACAGUUUCAAACAACAUGAUCUCAUAGAAAGUCGUGUUAUAUUCACACAAAAUUUAAAUCCAUGGCACAAAAUUCAGAUUUUUACGUGCCUUAAGCACGAAUGUCUUUGUCGUGGCACUCGCACAACUUUCUAUAAAUAGUUUCUCGUGUCCAUGGCACAACUUUCUUUUUCGUGUCAUUUUAUGUGUUUUAUGUCAUUUUUUUCCCCCUAUUUUUAAAUCAUUGUCGCUUGGGGUUUGAUUUGGGGUUUGGGUUAGGAUGUCUGAAAGUGAUUCUAACCCCAACCACAAGCGACAAUGUUAAAAAAUAGUAAAAAACAAUGAGAAAACAAUUCAUAAAGUGACACGAAAAAGAAAGUCGUGCAACACACAAGAAAAACUAUUUAUAGAAAUUCGAGCUAAAUUUGUCACAAUAAAAACACAUUCAUGCUCAAGGCAUGUAAAAAAGCUGAAUUUCGUGCCAUGAACACGAAUAAAUAGAUGUUCUUGUCUAGACAAAACCCAUUUGUGAAUUACAUUUCUUUUUGAAAAGUUUGCUUAGGAGUGGUCUUAUAAACAAUUUAAAAAUAAUUUCGAUGAAAUCCAAACUUUCAUCUUGGUUUGCAUGUUGUUUGCCUUUAGCUUGGUUUGAGCUUAACCCUUAACAGACUACAGUUUCAAACAACAUGAUCUCAUAGAAAGUCGUGUUAUAUUCACGCAAAAUUUGAAAAAAAAGAAAUUAAAUCAAUUUAUUUGUGUCCAUUGCACAAAAUUCAGAUUUUUGAAGUGCCUUAACUCUUUCCCCGCCAUCGUUUUUAAAAAAAAGUUGCCAGCCAGCGCCAGCAUUUUUCAUGAUUUUCACAAAAGUUUCCAUUUUCUGCCUUCCAGAAAAUGUUCUUCUUUAAAUAUAUAAACAAACAAUAUAUCAGAUGAAAGAACAGACCCUCUGCUUUCAAACAAAAAAAAAACGUUUCAUCCUACAUUCAUUAGUUCUCUUGUAAUCACCUCUCAAACAAGGGUAGGUUUCUUCAAAAACACCCAAUUUUGAGCAAAAGGCUGAGAUAAUUCCAUUUUUGCGAAGGACUUUUGAUAGAGAUCAGAUGCAGAGCGAUCUUUAAAACAUACACGGAGUUCUUUCUCUUUCACGUGAGGCGCUACUUCCGGGUUGUAUAAGUUGCGGAAGUGGAUAAUAGUGGUAUUGCGGAAAGACGGAAAAUCUCGUCAUUGGCGGGGAAGCGUUUUCUCUUAAUUGACGAGAUAUCUCGUCAAUGGCGGCGAAAGAGUUAAGCACGAAUGUCUUUGUCGUGACACUCGCACAACUUUCUAUAAAUAGUUUCUCGUGUCCAUGGCACGACUUUCUUUUUUGUGUCAUUUUAUGUAUUUUUUUCUCAUUUUGUCCCCCUAUUUUUAAAUCAUUAUUGCUUGGGGUUAGAUUUGGGGUUUGGGUUAGGAUGUCUAACAGUGAUUCUAACCCCAUCCCCAAGCGACAAUGGUAAAAAACAAUAAGAAACAAUUAAUAAAAUUUCACGAAAAUGAAAGUCGUGCAACACACAAGAAAAACUAUUUAUAGAAAUUUGUGCAAAAUUUGUCACAAAAAAGACAUUCAUGAUCAAGGCAUGUAAAAAAGCUAUAUUUCGUGCCAUGAACACAAAUUAAUUGAUCAAAUUUUGCGUGACUAUAACACGACUUUCCGUGAGAUCAGUCUGGAUUCAAACUACAGUAUAUUAAUCGUCAUUAAAUUGAGCACAACAUUUUUCUUUCAUGUACAUGUUUUAGUCUUAAAGGUACACCAACACAGAUUUUCAAGUCUAAGUGGCAUUGUGAGAAAUGGUGCUCCUGGUGAUGUCAUAGUAGUGCAAAACAACAUUUUUUUUUAUUUACUUGUGAUCUUGUUGGAAAAUGUUGGCUUAUGUUGUUGCCAGUGUACUUACAAAAAGAAGUGCCAGGUUUUCACAACUUGCACGAUUCAGUCAAAUUUGUCUAUUCUAUUACCAUUAUCUUUCUUUUAAAUUCUAAAUUCGAAGUGUUUUGCUAUGUAUACGUUAUACAUAGACCUAAAGCUUUAUGUGCAAACGGAUGCUUUUGUGUCAGUCUCGAAUGAUGUUUGUGUGUUUUCGAGGCCUCUUUACUCACGAGGUACUUGAGAACAGGUUGUCGCCGCCUCCUCCUCCUCCUUUCUUUCUGAACCCUUGACAACCGUCUCCUCCCAGAAUUCAUUGCUUGCCUUUUGCCAUUUGUUGAAAGCAUUGUAAGCAUUUUGUGCUUCAUAAAAAUCUUUUCUGUUUCUCAACUUCUAAUUUUAUGUAUAUUGUACAACAUACAGUGCAAAAAUAAUUGUGUUAUAAAAUAGCUUCAUUCCAUAUUAAAACAAAGUACAUAAACAUUUACUAUACAUAAAUGGAAAUUUUGCAGUAAGGAAAUGCUUCUGGUGCCUUACAAAUAAAAUCAAUCAAAUCAA